CUUUAUCUGGGAGCCAGCCAGAGAUCCUGCCACAUUCCCAGAUCCCCUCCGCUCCCCGCUUCUCUCUUCACAGCACACCAGCAGCACCAGCGUUUGUGGGAAGCGGGGCAGCGAUCCCGGCCAGCUCCCUGAUUCUACUAGACCAUCCGGCUGUAGGCUCAAAGCUGCUCCACAGCACCAUGCAGAGAGCCCUGCUGUUGGCAGCUAUCCUGGCCCUCAGCCUGGCCCUUGGGGGCGUCUGUGAGGAGUCACAGGAGCAGGUGGUGCCCGGUAGGGACCACAGGGAGAAGGUCCCAGAUAUCAACCAGUUGCUCAAGACACUCUCUGAGACCGGAUAUUUCUCUGUGGAUGAUUUGCUCAAAUUUUUGGGCAAGGCUAACAACGCUGCUGAGAAACUGCCACUUUUCCAGAAACGUGACAUGCAUGACUUCUUCGUGGGACUUAUGGGCAAGAGGAACAUCCAGCCAGACACUCCUAUUGAUGUAAAACAACAGAACGUUCCCAGCUUCGGCAGCCCCAAGUAUCCCCGCAAUGUGGAAUGAGACUCCUGGGCAGCAUCACGAAGACACCCUGAUGUGCUCUCCGAAUCCCCAGGUGCAUGCACCCCUAUUUCCCUUUCUCUUCCCAGCCUUGUUAUGUUCCUGUGCUUAGGCUUCUCCCCGCCCCCUCCACCCAGCGCUGAUGUAGAAAGUGCAUAGUGAGCACCCCCAGUUCCAGCCGGCAUGGACUAGAUCCCCCUGGUUUCCUCAAUAAAGGAUUUUUACAUAUGA